GCCGGCCAUCCUUUCCAGGCUGCCCGAGCUGGUGCGCGCGCGCGGCAGCGGUUGCUAUUUUGUGACGGCCCUGGCGAGCCGCGGUUGCUACUUUGUGACGGCCAGCCACCACUCCGUUCGCGAUGAUCAACCCGCUCUCGCUCGUCGCCGCCGCCGUCGCAGUCGUGGUCGGCAUUCGCUGUGCAAUACUUGGUUGCAAACGUCCAGCCAGCAGCUCUUCGGUCGAGAUAGCGCCGGGUGUCCGCAUGCCUCUUGUAUUCAACGGCAUGUCCACGGACCACGGCCUGUGGCUCGCGUCCGGCGGUCGCGGCAUAGACACUGCGUUUUUGUAUGGCGAUGAGCUGCAGCGGCACGUCGCGUCGGGAAUCGCCGCGUCAGGCGUGGAGCGCGAAGAGGUCUUUGUCACAACCAAGGUCAACUGCUGCCCGACCGAUCGGUGCAGCCGCUUCUGCGCACACCCGCCACGCCCGACAUCGGCGCCGCCGAUGUCUGUGUACAACGGGUCGGAGAUGCUCGAGCAUAGCCUGGCGAUGACAGGGCAGAGGUACGUCGACCUCGCGCUGCUCCACUUCCCCUGCUCCAGCUGGGACGACACGCUCGCCAUGUACCGAGACCUGGAGGCGGCCCGAGACCGCGGCUUGGCGCGUGCAAUCGGCGUCUCGAACUUCAACGCGAGCGCGCUCAAGCGUCUUCUCCGGCACGCCCGCACCAAGCCGGCGGUGGUGCAGAACGCGCUCUCCGUCGCCGGCCACCCGGCGCCGCACAGGGGCGAGGGGACGGCGUGCUCCGAGGGCGCGCCGCUCUACGGCAGCGACGACGCGACCCUCCGCUUCGCGCGGCGGCACAGGAUCACCUUUGCCGCCUACUCGCCGCUCGGGUCGAUCAGCAGAGUCGACGUGCUCGGCCACCCUGUCGUCCGAGAGGUUGCCGCGGCGCACGGGAAGACGCCGGCGCAGGUGGCCCUCAAAUGGCUUGUCCAGCAGGGCAUCGCGGCGGUGACGAAUACGGCGAGGCCCAAGCAUGCGGCUGAGGCGCUCGACUUGGGCAGCUUCACGCUCUCGGCGCGAGAGAUGCGCGCGCUGAGCAAGGCGAGGUGAGUGUGGAGCCCUUUGGCGUUUUAUAUCGUACUAGUACGCGGCAUGUGCACGCACAUACAAAAUACAUCAUCUCAGGCGAGAGCCGAUCGAGAGAGAGACAAGGCCAUGAAAAGAGGCCCCGGGGCGGGGCCGGGGCGCGGGGGCGGGACCGCGCGUGCCGCCUCAGGUGCAGCACACCAUGACUCAACGAGAGCUGUCAACUCGCGGGCAGCUUAUCUAGAGCCGCUGUACAGCGCCAAGCCGUCGCGCUUCAUGUUCUCUAGGCCGUCUCGUCGAUGCCGCAGGCCAAGAGCAAAGCGUCCAGUGCCAGCCUGCCCUCGUCGGAAGCGCUGAAGCCGUGCUUCACCUGCAGCUGCGACAUCCGCGACAAAACUUCUUCGCCCGCUCGGCCCGGAAGUGCUUCGGCUAUGCGGCUCCAGCCCGCGCCGUUGCGAAACAUCAGAAGGAGGACCAGAUCUUCGUCGGGGCGCCAAGCCCGCCACCUCCCGUCGACGUGGCGCUGCGCCGCCUCCACCUCCCGCUCCGCCGUCACCACCUCAGGCUCCGCCGCCCUCACAGGCUCCACCUCGACCAUCACGGAACGAUGCG